AUGGCUUCGGCCAGUCGCACCCGGUCGAACAAGAAGCGAGGCGAGAGCGCGCAUCGGCAACGGCCGUCAUGCUAUGUCCUCCUCACCAAGCGAGUCAAACGCGAACCUGAACCCACGACCCGGCGCACGAGGAGCCAGUCGGCUGCUGAACAAGAAGAGGAGGAGCAGGUAGAGCCCGCUGGGCCCGUCAGGGUGAAGGCCACCCGGAAGGGCAAGGGCAAGGUGAAAGCAGUUCCCAAGAAGGAAAGCACACCACCGACCGAAGUUGAGGACGACAGUGCCCGCACACCGACGCAAGCACUGAGCCCGACCCCGGUGCCCGGCCCGUCGGCCCUGACCGCCCUCGCCUCCUCCUCCCGCAAACCUCCUCCUCCACCGCGCCGCAGCCGCCCCGGCAAACCAGCGGUCUCAUUCGAAGAAGCGCGCGACGAAUCGCGCAUGACGACGCCGGACGAAGGCCGCGACACGGCAAACGCCGCGGGGUCCGCCUCCGAGCCCUUCGUCCCUUUGUUGCUGCACGACACGGACAACCCCGUGCUGGAGGACAUGGACGAGCCCGAAAUGGACGUGGACAUGCGCAUGGGUCCGCCCGGCGCGCGCAGCGGCGGGAACUGGACGAUCAAGUCCAAGGCUAAAUCUGCACGGCGCUCCAGCCCGCCGCCAGCGAUGCCGCGGGACUACCCGUUCGCGGACCCGUCCAGCGCGCGCAAGUCGCCCCCUCCACGUGCGCACCCGCGCAGAAUCGGCAAGCCGCCCAUGCCCGACUCGAGCGAGGGCGAGGGCGAGGGCGAGGGGGGCGACACGGAGCCGGCGAUGUCCGAGUCGGAGUACAGAGUGAACGUCACGCUCGGCAGCGCGCAGUACGAGCGCACGAUGGAGCUCAGCACGCCCGUCAGGCCGCACGCGGGCCGGCACGAGCCGCCGCCGCCGCCUCAGCCGCCGUCGGAGGCUGGGACGCCCAGGAUCCCGCCGAACUUUAGACGCGAGGAUACGGCGAGUCCGAAGCAGCACCAGCAGGCGCCGUGGUCGACGCAGAUGAGCCAUCGCAAGCUCAUUGCCGAAGCCAGUCUUCGUCGGCGUCAGCAGCAGCAGCAGCAGCAGCCCGUCUCGCCGCUCCCGCCCAGCUCAGAGCCGACCGAGACGCCCAGCGCAGCGAGCGAACGCGUAGUCCAGGAUACGAGCUUCCACAACCUCUCGCACGACGCGUUCUGGCCCGGCGACGACGCUCUCUACGCCGGGAGCGAUCCGGGCGACCACUACCCCGACGAAGACGGCGAGGGCGAAGACAAAGAGAACGUCCACGCGCACGCGCACAGCGAAGUCGUCGACGUUCUCGGCGUGGGGCGCACGCUCGCCCCCUCCGAAUCAUUCGAAACGCCACAAAAGCCCCGCCGGUACAAUAUCCGCCCGCCCGCGACGCAGAACGCGCAGGACGAGGCGACGGCCGCGCUGUUCGCGCCGGAUAUGAGCGACGAGAGCGGCGUCAGUAAUAUUUUGGAUUAUGGGAGUGUCGCGAGGAGGAGGGCGGAGGAGGAGGAACGCCGAAGGAGGGCGAGGGAUAGCGAUGAGUUUGGAUUUGGAUUUGGGGCGGAGGAGGGCGCGUAUGUGCCGAUCGAAGGCGACGACGGAGGCGAGUUCAUGCUCCCCGAGCCGCCGAGCGACGACAGUAUCAUGGGCUACGACGGAUACUCCCCCGCCCAGGGCGGCUCAGACAAGGAGAACCAGAUCGACGCGGGCUUCGACGAGAACUUUGACCCCCACGACGACGACGGCGAGGACGACCCGGCCACGCCCACAGCGCGCGACGCGCACGGCCUCCCCGAACCGGAUAACCGUGGGAUCUUGCAGCCCCGCGCGGGCGAGGGCGUCUACACCUCGCCCGCGCGCCACCGCGGCGGGGCGGAGGACGACCCGUUCGGGAUCCUGGCGACCGAGGCGCUCCUGCGCGCGCGCCGCGCGUACUCGAGCGCGAUGAAGCCCGCGCCGAAAACGUCCGCUGCUGCUGCGGCCAGCAUCGCGCGCGCCGAGGCGGCUCGUGCGGGCGCUUCCGCGUCCAAGCCCAAGCCGUCGGGCAGCAGAGUCCUCGCCCGCAGCGCGUCCGGGCGCACCCUCGCCGACCCCUCGCCCGCGAAACGUAUCCCCUUCGGCCAGCGCUCGUUCCAAGAUCUCAACCCGCCCACGCCCUCCGAGCGCAAUCGGUUCGCUGACCUUGACUUGCCGCCGUCCAGCCCGCCCCACGAUGAAGGGCUGGGUGGCGUGGGCAGUCCGGCGCGCUCGGCCGCGACGCACGAUAGUAUUGAGGAUUUGUAUGCGACGCCGCCGAGUGAAAGGGGCGGGUUCGCGCUGGUGCUUUCUACGCCUGUGCGCGCGCCGCGUGUGGCCGAGGCUCAGGUGCCGAGCGACGAUAAUUCUAUUCCGGGCUUCGCGUCGUCGCCUGUUCAAGCGAGGACGCCGAGGAAGGAUGAGCAACGCACGCCGAGGAAGAACCGCGACGGCGAGCGCACGCCCAUGACGCCGCGCAACGGGCCGCGCGAUCGGGGCAGCGUAACGAUGCGGCGACAUAAGAGCCACGGAGGCGUAGGCGAGAACGAGGAGUACGAUGGGCGGGGCGAGUUCGAUGGGCCGCGGGAGCCUAGUCCUUCGCCCGUCAAGGCGCGGCCUUCUCUCACGCAUGCUCCGGAGUUCGGAGAGGGCGCGAUGGAGGAGGAGGGCGAGGAGACGGAGACGGAGUUGCCGAAGAAGCUUGGCGGUGGUGCGAAGGGCAAGGAGAGGGAGGUGCCGCUUAUUGAGCCGCGGACGAAGGGCAAGGAGAAUACGGGUCGCGCGAAGACGAGGGGCCGCAAGCGCAAGAGCGACGAGUUCGAUGCGGCACAGGAGGAGGAGGAUCCGGAGGCCGUGACGAGGAGGCUGGAGGACAUGUUGCCUCGUCCGCGCGUCAAGUCCAUGUCCAAGCCCAAGCCCAAGCCGAAAGUUACGGGGAAGAAGAGCACGCGCCCGGCGGCGAAGAAGGCGCGGAAGGCUAUCGCUGCGGAGGAAGAUGAGGAUAGUGACGAGGAGGAUGGGGAGGAAGUGGUGGCGAGGUCGAGCAGUCUGCCUGGGUCGCCCGUUAAGAAGGCGAGGAAGCGCGGGGCGACGUAUGCGGGUGUGCGCGCGAGGCAGAGGAGGAGGGGGCAGGAGAGCACGCCUGAGGAGGUCCGCGAGGUAUAA